GCGCACUCUCCCCUUCGCGUGCUUUUCCCCGCCCAGCGGCUCUGUUGUUGUCCCGGCCCCCGCUACCAAUAAAGUUCUGCAGGUAUCGAAUCCCGUGACUACUUCCGGAUGUCGGCGCCGCCCGGCAGCGCCGAGGACCUCCGGAAGCGGAGCCUGGGGGAGCUUCGCGAGAUGAUGGGACGCCAAGAGAAACUGCUGCGGAACGAAAAAUUCAUUCGCAAUUUGCCAGAUGGAGGAAAAAAAAUCUCUGAUUUUGUUGAGAGAGUGAAAUUGGCCAUUGCAGAACGUGAAGAGCUGAGAAGAACUUACAGAUUGGACUUUGAUUCAAAGCAGGAUGUAGCACAUGGAAUUAUUAAUUUAGGUGUGGACAAACCAUGGACUCCUGACCAGAGAAGAGAAAUUUCAUCAGUUUUUGAUUCUUCCCUUGCAGUUAUAAAGAAGUCAUCUAAAAUUGCCUCAAGAAACCAAGAGAUUGAAUAUACCACAGGAAAACUCACCCCCAUAAGUUAUGAUGUAACUAGAGAGUUUGAAGGUGACACACAGUGCAACAAGUGGAUGUGUAAUAACAAUAAAGCUGCAGUAACUUUGCCAUCAGAAACAAAUGAACAGUCCAAUCAUCUUGAUUUUCUAAAUCAUGCAAGAGAUGUUUCAGGGAAGACUGAUGACAUGUUUAUUGAUCGUUUACAAAGGAUCACAAUUAAAGAUGAUGAAAACCAGUCAGAAGAAGAUACCAACAUGGAUCACUUUUGUAGUUUUCACAGUAACACACCCAAAAAACCUCAUUAUAUGGAAGUGCUGGAAACUAGAGCAAAGAAUCCAAUCCCUCCCCACAAUAAAUUUAGAACUAAUAUGCUACCUUCUGAAUCUCACGACUCACCAAGUCAUUCCCCACAGAGAAUUGAGUCUCCAGUUUCUAUGGAAGAAAGGCGGCGUAGGGAUAAGAAACAUUUGGAUGACAUCACAGCAGCUCGGCUGCCACCGCUUCACCAUAUGCCUACACAGUUGCUGCCUAUGGAAGAAUCUUUAGCCAUUCAGAAACAGCAAAAGCAGAAUUAUGAGGAAAUUCAAGGCAAGCUUGCUGCACAAAAACUGGCUGAAAGAUUGAAUAUUAAAAUGCAGAGCUAUAAUCCUGAAGGUGCUGCAUCAAUGAAAUACAGAGAAGUGAGGGAUGAAGAUGAUUAUCAUUCUUCUGAAGAUUAAUUCUAAAGAAGGAUGAUUGAAUAAUCUCCUAAAUUCUUCACUUCUGAAGUUUUACUUCACAUUAGACUCCUCCUAGGCUCUGGAAGAUGUUUUAUUUUUGAGUUUUAGACCAGCAGUUCAAAAGUAGAAAUUUACAAGUGUGCAUAAGAAUGCUUGGUCAGACUGAAGUUUUCAUGGUGUUCUUGGCAUUCAGAAAAUUAGAAAGAUUUCUAUUAAGGAUAUGAUAAAUCUAUUUCUUAUGUUUAUAUAAAAUAAAUUUUUGCAGUAUUUUGUGUUUA